AUGGAGCUACCAAAAUUAGCGAGACAGGCAAAGGAUAGUAUGACACGCUUCUCAACAAUAUUAUACAAAUUGAAUGAUUUUAUUCUUACAAUUUACAAAGCUAAACCCAAUAAAAAAGCAUUGAUAAUUAGUUCAGUGUAUUCAUACGUUGAAAUUGAAAAGAGUGACACUCGUAUACCAGAGACAAUUAGAUUUUACAAUAGCACAAAAUUCGGUGUAGAUGUAACUAUUCAAAUGGCCAGAAAAUAUUAUAUAAAAUUUAAAUAUCAAAGAUGGCCUUUACAGGUGUUUUUCAAUAUCUUACAUUUAGGCGGGAUAUAUGCUUGCAUUUUAUACAAAGAAACGAUGGGUAAAGAAAUAUCGAGGCAAGAAUUUUUAUUUCAAUUGACAGAAGAAUUUGGAACCGAAUAUCAGAAGGAGAGACACUUAAGCAAAGAAUAUUCAUCAGAAACAAUAACAAAUACAGUUAUAAAUAUGCUGUAUAGAUAUGAAAUAUCAUCAUGGACGGAAAGCUGGUUAAAUAAGAUAUUGUAA